AUGACCUCGGUGUUUUACGACGAAAUCAAGAACCGACUGCCUGUUCGCCGACCAUGGAUCUCGUUCGAAGCAGUUCGCAACACUGAGGUAAUCGCAAAAAUCCCUACACUGGUCACCGCCGAGCUCUUGGUGACAUUCAAAAGGGAUGCCACUGCGGCAAUCGAGGAGGUAACAGAUUCAACUUGCACGAUUUCCAACACAAUAGCUCAAGGAUGCUACCACUGCACCCAAGGAGCAGUUUCGAAUGUGACUUGCACAAGUACCAAGCAAGCAACGAGAGCCGCCAUUCGCUGUGACGACAAACAUUUCACGGUUCCAUGUUCUCCCGAAGGAACCACGUCACAAAUCAGGUUCACUCACACGCAAGCCCGACUGAAGCUGAAAUGCACGGUUUCGUUUGGCACCAGAGAAAGAAGCUUUGAGAUCUCUCGAAUCCUGCGAUGGGUCCGCACGAUCUACGGGACAGUGAAGAGAAUCAUCGACGGAGAAAGCAUUGUCCACGACGAAAUUGUGCUUUCGGAUAUAGCCCACAUAGCUGACACAAUCUUCUCAGGAUAUAAGUCAUCGCUGCACUAUCCUUUGCUGCUGCGAUCUCCAUUGACUACGCAUUCUUCUGGACAUGCAGGAUUCGAGUAUUUGUGGCCAUCUGUCGCAUGUCGCAAAGGGCGAUGA